AUGAGUGACGUCGCACAGGAAACACCUCUGUAAUAAAGGGGGCAGGGUCGAGUCUGACUGCAAAUGGAGCGACUGCGCACAGCAGACUCCUCCAAACGCUCAACUUAUACAGAGAGACACAACUGUUACCCGUUUAUCUUUCGCGAAAAGACUCAUUUCGACAGCCGACACCACUGAGAAAGUCUUUCUUCACACUAGUCGCUCCGCGAAAGAAGAAACUCACAAGUGCGCGUGAACACUCGGCGACCAGCCUCUUCCGUCUCCCGCAGCUCUGGACUCUGUUACACGAAUAAACCAUGACUUUACUGCACGCAAUUCCCACUCAAAACACCAGAGACUCUCUCACCCGUGCUUAUACGGCAUGUUUGUGUCAUCUGAUAUGAAGGAAGAUGCUUAAAUCCUCUCAUACAUGCUUGGAAUUUUCUGCUGGGAACAGAAAGUGGGCGUUUUUCAACAGCGAGAGCACUGGACGAGGAUUUGCGCGAGUGCUGCAACUUGCAGUCUCAAGUGAGGCAACAUGCAGUAAGUUCGCCGUUUGAAGGAUUUGCGGUUAUCUAAAAAUCAGUUGCUGCAUUGCAUUGGUGUUAUGAAGAAGAUGAUGAAGAUGCGCUUGGAUUAAUUAGCUCACGUUGAUUCUGAGGUUGUUUAGCUAUAUAUACAGGUCGAUAUGGCACAGGAGGUCGUGUAUGAUAACCGCAGCAUAGUGGCGAAGUACAUCCACCAUAAGCUCUGGAAGAAGGGAUUCGUGUGGGAAGUGAAUGGACACGAUGACAGUGUCUCGAAUGGACUGAUGAUGGGGAGGCAGGAGGAGGACAGCGGCGUCUCUCCCAGCCCGCGUCACGACCCGUUCAGCGCUCUUCAUAAGGUGCUGCGGGAGGCUGGGGAUGAACUGGAACGGUUAUAUCAGUCGGACUUUGCGGAGAUGUCCAAACAGCUGCAUCUCACGUCCAUCACGGCGCAUCAGCGCUUCACCGCGGUCAUAGACGAGCUGUUCAGGGACGGCGUGAACUGGGGCAGAAUCAUCGCUUUUUUCGAGUUUGGAGGGACUGUUUGUGUCGAAUGCGUGAACAAGGAGAUGACGGCGCAGGUGGAUAACAUUGCGGGAUGGAUGACGGAAUAUCUGAACGGGCCGCUGCACGCCUGGAUCCAGGAGAACGGUGGCUGGGAGGCAUUUGUGGAGCUCUACAGCAGGCAGAGGGAAUCAGUGUUUCGCAGCUCGUGGUCGUCAAUAGUAACGGUCUUCGGUCUAGCCGCUCUCGGGGCCGUUGGCUUGACCAUAGGAGCCUACCUUGCCCAGAAAUGAGGAACCUUCGCCUCCUUCACUCGCUUGCCCUUUCUCCCUUCAGUCAACCCCCUCCUCUGCUUUCCCCAGAAGACAUCCAUGUCCCAGGACUGCUCCUCUUCAAAGCUUUUCUCCCACUCUCCACAAGUCUUUCUUCUCUGCCUUCAAACACAAAGACAGAAAAGACAGGAAAUGAAUGCGCUGCCGACACAUCACGAGAGGAUGGCAGAGAAGAUGAAUAAUGAGGUGAAACAGACAUUGGCGGAUGUGUCAUUGGCAGAAUUAGCUCAGAUCUCAAAGUGAAUUUUGAGUGUAGCACACAUUAGUGUAUUUAUACAUAAAAAUGAUGGGAAAACGCAAAGGACAAGAAACAUCUGGAGGUUUUGAGGUAUCUUUUGAUGACACCAGCACUCUCCAAAUGUCCUUGAACAGUCAGGUUGAUCUUAAGAGACAAUCUGCACUAAAUUACCAUCGUUUAUCUUAGUUGUUUUUGUAGGAUUAAUAGUAGCUUCGUCUUUUACCAAUUUCAGGCUAACGUUUCUUGUGAUAUUUCCGCCACCCUUGUCUCAUAGAGUGUGAGUAAGAACCAGAAGAACUGUGAAUGGCGUGAGCUUUAAGACAGUGUCCCUCUAGACACUGGAUUUUGAUGAAAUCUUGUGCUCACUGAUUUCAAGAAGGAACAGCUGAAAAAUGGAUAGUGGGAAGCCAUUUUCUCUUUGUAGCAAUAGCAACUUAAAGAACUUUAUUGAGGACUUAAAGGGGUCAUCGAAUGCCCAUGUUCCACAAGUUGGUAUGAUUCUUUAGGGUAAAGUUUGUAACAUACUUUGGUUAAAAUUCCAACAACACCCUUUUUACCUCCUCAAAACGGCUCUGUUCACAGCGACCCGUAUCGGUGCAUGUCUCUUUAAAUGAUAAUGAGCAACUGCUCACCCCACCCCUCUCUUCCGUGGGGCAUGUGUUGACGACACAACAUGUAAAGUGCUGCCUUGGCAACCUGUCUUGUGGACUAAUGGCUGAGGGCACAAAUAUGCUAAUACGGGACAGUCCGUCAGUGGUCGUGGGCGGAGCAUGAGCAAUAUGACAUCAUAAUGCUCAGAAAAUCCAAAUGGAGUGUUUAGACAUUUUGAGGAUGUAUAUUUUUUUAUCGUAUGGUGGUUGUGUCCACACACUGCUAAGACAUUUAUAUGCAAACACCAUAUAAAAGUGAAUUUUGCGUCCGAUGACCCCUUUAAGAAGGGUUUCCUUGAAGUGCUUGGGGUCAGAAUGUAGUUUUCAGACUUUGAGAGAGCCGAGGUAAGAUGCAUUAAUGACAUGUUCGACAGAUGAUUAUGAGCUGGUCAAAACACCUCUAGUUGUACAGUGUGUGCAUUGAUGCUUUAUUCUUCUUUAACACUCUAACUACACUGUUGUCCACCAGUGGUCAUUCAUACACCACAAGAAGCAGUUCAAAUCUCAAAAAUGUCCAGGUCAUAUCUCACCCCCAAAUCAAGAGAAAAAAACUAUUGUCAAAUGUUUGGGGUCAGUGCAAUUUAUAAUUAUUUUUUUUUAAAAUAAAUUAAUACAUUUAUUCAGCAAGUAUGCAUUAAAUUGAUCAAGUGACAGUACAGACAUUUAUAACAUGAAAAAAGAUAUUUUAUUUCAAAUAAAUUCUUUUGAAAUUUGUAUUCAUCAGAAAAUACUGAAAAAAAAUACACACAAACACACACAUAUAUACUGUAUAUGUGUGUACAGGGCCUAAAAUUAACUCUGCAAGCGCCAAAUAAAAGUAAAAAUCUGCGUAGGAGAGUAUCUGAAAUGAUCAAUCGUGAUCAAUCGUCAGUUGGCCGAAAACAUUUUUAUGGAUUCUAAUAAUGCAAUGUUGUGCGAACGCGAACCAGCCAGCGCUGCAUCAUCACGUAAGUAUAAGCCUUGUCUAGUUAAAUAUUCAAGCGCAAGAAGAUGCGAAAGGGAACUCAAUUCGAUACUUGCGCGCUGUAUGGGAAAUUUAAACAUCUGAAAAAUGUCUCAGACAGUGCGUGAAUACUUAAUUGAGCUCUCUUUCACGUCAUCUUGCACUUUAAUGGACAACCUCGCACCAAAUUAUGUCAAAAAUGCCUGUCUCCUUAAGUAUCCUAGUAAACAUAGUCAGUUAUGGCUUAGGUGAACUUAAACAGAUAUAAAAUACAAGUUCUAAAGAAAUAAAACGCAUGUGGAACAGUAUAUUGGAUCCGUGCGUUCGGUCUUAAAGUGACAGCAGCCUAAUAUUCCUGCUGCUGUCUUUUUUAUGUCCAUCCAACCACAAAGGACAAGAGUAAAAGUAGAAAAGUCACUCACUGCUCUUGACUGAAUAACUUCUGUAACUUCAAUAUAUGUUUAAUUUAUACAGUGAAGACUAUGCAGACUAUAUUUACAUGUAUAGCCUAUUAGUUAGGCUAGAAUUUUAGCUGUAGUAUCAAAAUUGGAAAAGAGAAUUGUGGAUUUUCACUAGUAUCUAAAAUUUGGUGUCAUAACUGUUUCAUGACCAGAGAAAAAUAUUAGUUAGGCUAGUAUUUUAGCUGUAGUAUCAAAAUUGGAAAAGAUAAUUGUGGAUUUUCACGGCCAUUAGCAGGUGCGUCAAAAAGUUAGUUUUAGGCCCUGUAAAUGUAUAUAUUGAACCAUAUACCAAUAUAAUAUUGUGAAUAAGUACCUUAUUGCUUAUAAUAUAUAAAUAUAUUAUACGUUUAAUAUAUAUACAUUGUAUAUACGCACAUUUCCAACGACAUUCUUAUUACUCUAAUGUUUUAAUAAAGUUCAUAAUUUGUUAUAUUGCACACAAACAAAAAUUAUUUGGGGUGAAAUGUGACUGGGACAUGUUUUCAUGAAAUUCUCCCAGUGGUCCAGACUUUUCAUCGCUAUUAUUAUUAUUUAAUUUCCAAAGCAUCAACUCCAGGGAUCAGUUGGGUCCAGUAUAAACAAAUGGAAAUCUGCAGUGGAAAUCCAUUCUUUGUUCCUUGGAUUUGGUGUUUACCGUUAUAUGUGCAAUCAUCCUGAUGUCUGUUCCCAAAAACAGCAUGCUUAAACACAAUCCUGCUGCAUGUUAAAGGAUUGCCAUGCAGGAAAUGAAAAGUUUAAGUGCAAAAACUGUGGACAAGAGCAACUGUAUACAGUGUGCGCAAUGGAUUCAGCUUUGGUGCUUUCGCAUCGGUCACCUUUGGGUUCACAUGGAACCAAAAUGAAACUUUGGAACCGCAAAGGGACAAACGUACCAGGAAGGCGACGGAUAUUCAAUGUUCGCUUGCAUUGAUGUAGUAUCGGAGGUCAUGUGCUGCAUCAUUAACUAUGAUCUCCUCUACAGACUGUAUGGGGUGCUAAUAUGCUUGUGAGAAAUGGGUGCCCUCUCCAGUAGAUCUUACAUCCUGAACCAGUCAAUGUUACUUGUUAUCUGCCUUUAUGGAUGUAUGUUCAUUUUUCAAUGUGAUACUGUCUAAAAUAUUCAGUAUUUAAUCGGUGGUUUAUAGAUGAAUUUGGAAAUCAACAAUGUCCAGCAAAGGAGAUGAACAGGCUACGUGUGUAAGAGUAACUUCUACUGACAUGUCUAAUGUAGUA